CAGAAUUCAGCAGGUCCUGCGCUAACACCAGUAACCCGCUGACUGAGGGAAGCUGCCCAGCCGAGUUUGGGGAUAACUCAGACAGAGCUCCAGUGCAGAAUACCACUCAUCCUUGGGCCUGCGAUCCAGGCUGGCAGCAACCAGAGAAGAACUGGGAUGAGAUGAUGAGCAGGGAUCCAAAGCCUCUGGAGGCCCACCCCAUCUUCACCGGUGCUCCCGAAGCUAAAAUUCAGCUGAAGGGCAAUGGGAGCCUGUCAGCGGGAGAAGGGCGCAUUUUCAACGCACUGGGCAGUGACAGGGCUCCUGCGGACGUGACUGAGAAUUCCCACAGCACGUCGCCCAGAGGGGCCUCGGGCAGGACCAACCCAGAUAAGGGCCUUGGGCAAGCUAGGGCCAGGAGGACCAAAGAGAACAACAGCAGGAAAGCGCUAGAGAGCAAGCAGCCAGCACCGAAACUCAAGGCCGAAGACAGGCCUCCAAUUCCCAACGUGAAGCGCAAGAGACACCAACCUGCACUUGGCCAAGAGGCCUUUAAAAAGCCUCGCACCUGCCUAGGCAUGCACAUGCUCGAAUCUGUGCAGGUUUUCCACCCCUUAGGGAAGAAGUUGGAUAAGACAGCUGGGACCGUUGCCUCGCGGGCCCUGGGAACAUCGAAUGCCGACAAAGAUCCAAAGACAUCGCAAACCACCAAACCAUGGCCAAGGGCCCCACGUGAGGGCAAGGGGCCUGACAGCGCUGGGGACACCUCCCAGAACCUGCCGGGUCGAGCUCCAACAGAGGGUUCCUCUGCAUCCCUGUGUGAGCUCCCACCGCCUGGGCAGGUGAAGUUAAUACCUCUGCGCUUUCCCAGCCCAGAGAAGCCUCAAGCAAGACCUGUUUCUCGAAGGCCGCAGCUUCUUGCUUCACGGAGACCCCCUGGAGCUUACCAUGCCCGGCCUGCAGCUACUAGCACCGCUCUACCGUCCCAACCAGCUGCCGCCAACACCUCGCUCAUGGGGCCUGCCAAACCAGCUCAGCCGGUGCCCAACAAUGCCAGCCAACCACACUCGACCUCCUCCACCCAGCCUGGGCUUCCCCAGUCUGCAGGGUCUCAGCCUGCACCCCAGGAAACGGCACCUUCCGCCUCUCUCGGAAGGGAACCUGUUGCCACUGCGGUGACCAAGCGCAGGUCCCCGCCUCAGCAGCAACACCCAUUUCUCCUUGAAGACUUCAGCCGCCAACCCAUUCCCUGGAGGGAACCCAACGUGCCUGAGCCCGUCAUGUCCAGCCCCAUCACGGAAGAACAGAGGCCAGAGCGCGAAGCCCUGAAGAGGCAGGCUCAGCGAGAGCGCGAGCUGGCCGCCAACUACACCUCCUUAGGGAAGCUGCAGUUCUUCAAGCAGAGGGAGAGAGACAGGGAAAUUGCCCAGUACUACGGGUAUGCAAGGUGAGAGCCAGCGGCAGUGCCCGGUCACCUUGGCCUCCACCGGAUUAUCCAUGUAGAUAUGUAGAAAAAUAAGUAGACAUUUGCUGAUUCCAGCAUACUGCUGAAGGUUAGCAUUACCACGUCCUGGUUAUUUUCAGGGCAACAUAACUCCUCAGCAGAGGAAUUCAGGAGAACCCAUAGAUAGGAAAUAAAAGUCCCCUUUUGAGUUC